UCCUAUCUUCUUCCCCAAACUAAGCAGCCCGACCCGGACCCGGACUCGCUCGCCUCGCUCGCCUCGCUCGCCGCCCUGCGCCGCUCCGCAACAACAAUGCUCUGUCCUCCGGGCCGGCGCUCCGGCGCCGAGUGACCGAGCGGGACUCGCCUGGAUGGGAUCCGUACCGAGCCGGUCCCGCUCCGGAUUAGCAAGCCCGCGGCGCCCAGCGGCCGCCACUGCACUCGCUGCCUGGAUGCGAUGAGCGCCUCAUGUAGGCAUCAGCAUGGACAGCUGUGAGUCUCCCGUGGUUUCUGGGACAGACAAUGGGCUCGGCUCCUCCACCAUCUCCCAACAGCAGCAUCAGCAACCACCACAGCCCUGGAACAAUCUCUCUAACUCGCAGGUCCCUUCCGGCAACCCAGCCUCAUCUCUGGACCCCUUAUCUCUCUCUGCCCCAUACCUUUCUCAACCCCAAAACCCCGGCGCACCCCAUGACGGUAUAAGAGAGUCGCCACCACUGCCGCCGCAGCUGCAGCCAAACCAGACAUCAUCAUCAACCUCAGCCCAUGGUGACAGCUCCACCGCAGGCCAGCUGCACCCCAGAAGCGAGGGGCUCGGGGAGGAGGAGCAAGAGGGAGUGAGCUGCGGCGAGGAGGAAGAAUCGGAGGACUUGGAUGAAAUGGAGAUUGACAGCUGUUUCCCAGGUCUUCAGCCCUUUCCCGGGGUGUCCAUGGCCCCGGGGGGAGGAGGUAUGCCCACUCUCCUCCGUCAGCAGCCCACACGACACAGGGGUGUGGCAGAGAGUGGGAGUGAGGAAGGGGAGGAGGAGGAGGAAGAGGAGAACAGUGACGUGGAGAACCUGGCCGGAGAGAUCGUCUACCAGCCAGACGGCUCCGCCUACAUUGUGGAGAGCCUCAGCCAGUUGAUCCAAAGUGGUGGGAGCACAGUGCCCGGCCUGCCUCCCACAAACUCUCUCACCAGUGUGGGGAAGCCGGGCGAGCCCGCCGGGACCUCGUCCUCGGUCUACCCUCAGAUCAUCAAUACGUUCCACAUAGCAUCGUCCUUCGGGAAGUGGUUCGGCAACUCAGACCAAGGUUUCCCCAAUACCUCAACCCUGGCAGGCCUCAGUCCUGUCCUGCACACUUUCCGUGUCUUUGACGUGCGGCACAAAAGCAACAAGGAUUACCUGAACAGCGACGGGUCAGCCAAGAAGUCCUGCGUAUCCAAAGAUGUUCCAAACAAUGUGGAUUUCUCCAAAUUUGAUGGGCUGGCCCUCUAUGGCAAAGGAAAGCCCAUUCUCAUGUGUUUUCUCUGCAAGCUGUCCUUUGGUUACGCACGCUCCUUCGCCACUCAUGCCGUCCACGAUCACCGCAUGACACUGUGCGAGGAUGAGCGGCGGCUGCUGGGGGACAAGCACGCGUCUGCCAUCAUCCAGGGCAUUGGGAAGGACAAAGAGCCCCUCAUCAGUUUCCUGGAACCAAAAAAUAAGAGCUCUCCUCCACCGCCCACCUUGCUACCCAUGAACUCCGGUCAGAGCUUCUAUGGCACAUUCAGCGGUGUCCAUCUGGAGGCUGGAAGCAGCAAUGCGGGCGGUGAGGUGCUCCUGAGUAAGGACUCUGAUCCCGGCCCGCAGCAGCAGCAAGCCCCACUCGGCUCCGUCCUUUCUCUGGGCGGCCUCGGCAGUCCCAAAGCACCCGCUCUUACCUCAACCCCAGGUCCUGCCAAAGACUCCAGCACCCUGCCUUCACAGGGAGGGAGAACAGAGGGGCCUGGUGGGAAAGAGGGUAUUUCCAAGGGGGAGGAUAGGGGCAUAGAGGGGCGUGAAAGCAAGGCGCACCUGUUGAGUCAGGUGGUGGGUUCAGAGGAAGAUGAGGAGCUGUUAUUAGGGGAGGAGGAAGACGAGGUGGAGGAGGAAGGUACCUCGGUGGCCUGUGGUGAUGGUGGUGGUAGCGGUAGCAGCAGCGGGGGUGAGGUCGGGGAAGCGGCUGUCUCAAACCAAAGCAUUUCCAAAUCUCCUUUAUUAAUGCCUAGUAGCGCUCUCCAGCAUUCUGCCUGCACCUCUGAAGUUAGCUCCACUCUCAACAGCAAAGCCCUGGCUUCCACUUCUUCCUCCAUCAAGGAAGAGGCUUUGGCUGCAGAUGGUGGGGGAAGGACCUCAGAGCUCCCGCUGAGCUUUAACUGCCAGGGGCCCUCUGUCCCCGUGGUGAUGGCGGCAGCUGCCGUCAGAGGGAGCGAGGAUGCCGCCGCCGCCACCGUCGGCACUUCCUCACCUCUGGCCCACGAUGCUGCCUCUGAUGAAAGUGCCAAUCGAGAUAGUGCCACAGCUCCAGAACCAAAUGAUUGCCUGGCAGAGGGAGAGGAGGAAAACGGAGCCCUCUUGCACCAUCACCACAUGCACCACCAUCACCAUCACCUCCAUCCAUCGUCCCACGGCCAUCCCCACCCCCUCCCAGGGGGCUCCUGCGACAUGGGUGGGAUGGGCGAGUGUGUACAGAACCAUGGGCUGGUAGGCAGUGGGGGAAGUGGGGUGGAAUGCCCCAAAUGUGACACGGUCCUGGGUUCAUCCCGCUCCCUGGGUGGUCACAUGACCAUGAUGCACUCCCGCAACUCAUGCAAGACGCUCAAGUGUCCCAAGUGCAACUGGCAUUACAAGUACCAGCAGACCCUGGAGGCCCAUAUGAAAGAGAAGCACCCGGACUCUGGAGGGUCCUGUAUGUACUGCAGCAGCGGUCAAACCCACCCUCGUCUGGCCCGUGGAGAGAGCUACACCUGCGGAUACAAACCUUUCCGUUGUGAGGUGUGCAACUACUCUACCACCACAAAGGGCAACCUGAGCAUCCACAUGCAGUCGGACAAGCACCUGAACAACAUGCAGACGCUACAGAAUGGAGGCUCCAUCGGCACCGGCCAGGAGCAGGUGUUUGGACACGCCCCGGGAGGAGUGGUGGCUGUUCCCUCGGUGUCGCAGGCCAGUAGCCACCACGCUCCCCACCACCACCACCCCACCCAGUCCUCUGCCCAUAUGGCCGGACCAUGUGGGGCCCCCUCGCCAACCAAGCCAAAAAGCAAGCCCACGUGGCGGUGUGAGGUGUGUGACUACGAGACCAACGUGGCACGCAACCUGCGCAUCCACAUGACCAGCGAGAAGCACAUGCACAACAUGAUGCUGCUCCAGCAGAACGUGACUCAGAUGCAGCAUGGCCGGCUGGGCCUGGGAGCCAUGCCCUCGCCCUCGGAGGCUGAGCUCUACCAAUACUACCUGACACAGAACAUGAACCUGCCCCCGGGCCUCAAGAUAGACCCCACGGGACCCGAGGCCCAGUUCUUGAUGGGGAGCUUCCACCUGGAUCCCAACAUGGCUGCCCUGGCCCCCGCACUAGUAGGUGGGGAGAUCCCGAUGGACGUGCGGCUGGGUGGCGGUCAGUUGGUGUCUGAAGAACUGAUGACCCUCGGAGAAAGCCUGUCGCAAACCAGCGACCCCUCCCUCAAGCUGUUCCAGUGCGCCGUGUGCAACCGCUUCACCACCGACAACCUGGACGUGCUCGGCCUGCACAUGGGCGCCGAGCGCAGCCUGCCCGAGGAGGAGUGGCGUGCCGUGGUGGGCGACUCUCACCAGUGCAAGUUGUGCCGCUACACCACCCAGCUGAAGGCCAACUUCCAGCUGCACUGCAAGACGGACAAGCACGUGCAGAAGUACCAGCUGGUGGCCCACAUCAAAGAAGGAGGCAAGGGCAAUGAAUGGCGCCUCAAGUGCGUGGCCAUCGGCAAUCCGGUGCACCUGAAGUGCAACGCCUGUGACUACUACACCAACAGCCUGGAGAAGCUGAGGAUGCACACCGUCAACUCGCGCCAUGAGGCCAGUCUAAAGCUCUACAAGCACCUGCAGCAGCAUGAGAACGCGGUGGAGGGCGACGCCUGCUACUACCACUGUGUGCUGUGCAACUACUCCACCAAGGCCAAGCUCAACCUGAUCCAGCACGUGCGCUCCAUGAAGCACCAGCGCAGCGAGAGCCUCCGCAAGCUGCAGCGCCUGCAGAAGGGCCAGCCGGAGGAGGAGGAGGAGCUCAGUGCCAUCUUCACCAUUCGCAAAUGCCCUUCAUCGGAUACAGGAGAGCUGAGCGAGGAUGUGGAGGCUGCCAGUGAGACUGCCACAGACCAGGAGGACCAAACCAAAGACAGAGAGAGUGGGGGGGAGAAGGACCAUUUCGAUAGGGACCAGACAGAGUCCCCGAUCCCCUCCAAGAGGCCCUCCUCUCGGUCAGAAAGCUCCGAGAACCCCCUGUCCUCCAAGAGGCCCCGGGCAGCUGAGAAGAGCACCUCGGAGCAGAUGUACCAGUGCCCCUACUGCAAGUUCACCAACACGGACCUGAACCGGCUCAGAAUGCACGUGAUGACGCAGCACUCCGUCCAGCCCAUGUUCCGCUGCCCGCUCUGCCAAGACAUGCUCAACAACAAGAUGCACCUGCAGUUCCACCUUACGCACCUGCACAGCGUCGCCCCCGACUGUGUCGACAAGCUCAUCGCCACUGUAACGGCAACAGAGGUGCUGCCAGCGAGUAUGUUCAUACCUGUCCCGGCUCCAGAAAGAGAGGCCCAAAGCACCCUACAAGCCACAGCCAAUUCCAACUCUCAGGACACAAAGAAGCAAAUCGAUGCAUCAGACGCCGAGCCAGAGAAGGGUGUCUCUCUUCCUUCAGAGAUGGCUGAAGCUCGCAAGUCACCUCUGGAGGACCAGCAGUCAGGGAGGGAUGACGCAACAGGAUUCCUGUGCUGGAAGAAAGGCUGUAACCAGGUUUUCAAGUCCUCCAACUCCCUGCAGAUGCACUUCAAUGAGGUUCACAACAAAAGGCCUCAGCUUCCUGUCUCGGAUCGCCAUGUUUAUAAGUACCGCUGUAACCAGUGCAGUCUGGCCUUCAAGACUGUGGAGAAGCUGCAGCUCCAUUCACAAUACCAUGUGAUCAGGGCUGCCACCAUGUGCUGCCUCUGCCAGCGUAGUUUCAGAACACUGCAGGCCUUGAAGAAACAUUUGGAGACCAGCCACCUGGAGUUAAGUGAAGCAGAUAUCCAGCAGCUCUACGGGGGCUUACUGAUUAAUGGAGACAUCAUGGUCAUGGGAGAUCCAUCCCUUGGCGAGGAGCAUGGAAGCCUUGGAGAUGAGGACAAAGACGGAGAGGAAAGUGAUCCAGAGGAAAAACAAAGCCCAACCGGGAGCGAUUCUGGCUCGUUGCAGGAAGAUUCUGGAUCUGAACCUAAACGGGCUCUGCCAUUCAGAAAGGGCCCCAAUUUUACAAUGGAGAAAUUUUUGGAUCCAUCUCGUCCCUUCAAGUGCACUGUAUGCAAAGAAUCUUUCACACAAAAAAACAUUCUUUUGGUUCACUAUAACUCUGUAUCUCACCUGCAUAAGGUGAAGAGGGCCCUUCAGGAGUCCACUACAGGUCAGCCUGAGCCCACUAGCAGCCCCGACAACAAGCCAUUCAAGUGCAGCACUUGCAACGUGGCCUAUAGCCAGAGUUCUACUCUGGAGAUACACAUGCGCUCAGUCCUACACCAGACCAAAGCCCGAGCAGCCAAACUUGAAGCAGCCGGAGGGAGCACUAGCUCUGGAAUUGCCACUGGUUUGAAUACCGGAGGAUCUUGUAUAAGCACUUCAACUUCCAGUCCAAGUCCAGCCACUAACUCAACUACUAGCUCUAGCAACCACAGCUCUUCUGGGUCUCAGACUGUCCAGAGUAUCAUUGGAGGGAACCAUGUCAGCCAACCUCAUGGCAUUGAAAGCAUGGGUAACUCUUCAGUAAGUUGUCGUUCUUCCCCAUCUGAAAACCAUGAGGUAAAAAAGAAGAAAUUUGCAGACAUGCUGUCUUCAAGGGGGCAACAACAGCAGCUUCAGCAACAGCAACAGCUAGCCCAGGCCCAGGCCCAAGCACAAGCACAGCUUCAGCAAGAGCUCCAACAGCAGGCUGCUCUCAUACAAUCACAGCUCUUCAAUCCAGCACUUCUGCAGCACUUCCCAAUGACAACAGAUGCUCUUCUCCCUCUGCAACAGCAGCAGUUGCUCUUUCCUUUUUAUAUCCCUGGAGCAGAAUUCCAGCUGAACCCAGAAAUCAAUCUCAGUAGUUCAGCACUUGGCCUGGCAGGCUCGUCCACCUCCUCCCUGCUGGAGGACCUGAAGAACUCGCAACAACAACAGCAGCAACAUCACCAACAGCAGCAGCAGCAACAACAGGCCCAUUCACAGUCCCAGGGACAAAUGGCUCUCCUGCAACAAAGUGCUUCUCUCCUCCAACAGGCUGAGAAAAAGGGAAAGACCCUUUCCAGCCACAAUGAAAAAGACAGAGAAAUACAAAGAGACAAAGACACCAGUGAGAAAGCUGAGGAUCAUGUUAAUAAAGAUUCUACAGACAACAAGCCAAAAGAAAAGAAGGAUAUACAGCAAACUUCAAUAAAUACAAACCAUGAUCCAGGUUUGCCUCCUCCGAGAAUUGCUUCAGAUGCUCGUGGAAAUGCCACAAAAGCCCUUUUGGAGAACUUUGGCUUUGAGUUGGUGAUCCAGUACAACGAGAACAAGCAAAAAGCUCAGAGGAAAUCAGCCGGGUCAGGAACCAUGGGACCGGUUGGGGUAGCACGAGUGGUGGAUCCCAUUGAAGGACUGGAGAAACUGGAAUGUGAAGCCUGCGGGAAGCUGUUUUCAAACAUACUUAUUCUGAAGAGUCACCAGGAGCACAUCCACCAGGCCUUCUUCCCCUUCCGAUCUCUUGAGAGAUUUGCGAAGGAGUACAGGGAGCAGUAUGACAAGCUGUACCCACUGAGACCUCCUACACCAGAGGCUGCACCUGCUCCUCCUCCCCCUCCUCCCCCACCUCCUCCUCCCCCACCGCCUCCACAGAGAGCGGCCACACCAAAUAUCCCUGUCUCAUCUGCCUCACUCACACCUCCUACUGUACCUGCCGCACAGCCACCAGUCCCUAUGGCACAAAUCCCCAUGCCGAUGGACCUGCCCCUCUUCUCACCACUCAUGAUGCAGCCAAUGUCUCUGCCCUCCUUACCCUCUCAAUUGCCUCCCCAAUUGCCAUCUGUUGAAUCUGGCCUGGCCUCGGAUCUGGCCCAGCUUUAUCAGCAACAGCUCACACCAGCCAUGUUACAGCAACAGCAGCAGAACAAGAGGCCACGUACACGUAUCACGGACGACCAGCUUAGGGUUCUGCGACAGUACUUUGACAUCAACAACUCACCGAAUGAGGAGCAGAUUAAAGAAAUGGCAGACAAAUCAGGGCUGCCUCAAAAAGUAAUUAAGCACUGGUUUAGAAACACCCUGUUCAAAGAGCGCCAGCGCAACAAAGACUCACCAUACAAUUUUAAUAACCCUCCAAUAACUACUCUAGAGGAAACCAAAAUUGACUCUAAACCUCCUUCUCCUGAGCCUCAGAAACAAGAAUGCUUCGGUAGUAAACGAUCCUCCAGAACUAGAUUUACUGACUACCAGCUAAGAGUGCUUCAAGACUUCUUUGAUGCUAACGCUUACCCUAAAGAUGAUGAAUUUGAACAGCUUUCAAAUCUACUCAGCCUCCCUACUCGUGUAAUUGUUGUGUGGUUCCAAAAUGCCCGUCAAAAGGCAAGAAAGAAUUAUGAAAAUCAGAGUGAUGGGGGGAAAGAUGGUGAGAGACGAGAGUUGUCAAAUGACCGCUAUAUUCGGACCAAUAAUCUGAAUUAUCAGUGCAAGAAAUGCAGUCUGGUUUUCCAGCGUAUAUUUGAUCUAAUAAAGCACCAGAAGAAGCUGUGUUACAAAGAUGAAGAUGAGGAUGGGCAGUAUGACAGCCAGAAUGAGGAUUCAAUGGAUUUUUCACAUGAAUACUAUACUCCCUCUGGGUCCUCUUGUCACACCCCAAUGCCCUCCUCCUCAAGUCUUUGCCCCCUCCCACCUUCAACCUCAGCGUUCUCCCACCCUCCAUCAACUGAGAAGGAGGAGGCAUCACCAGCCAACACUUCAAACUCCUAUGACGAGAAGCCCAAACAGUUACCUGAAACGUCUUCCGACCCACACGAAAACCAAACUGCUAUUAAACAGGAAAUUGUGCAUCAGCCUCAGUCAGAGACACAGCACCACAGACCUCAGCGAGAAGAGAAGGCUCAACCCAUUUCCAAGAGCACCAAGCAUUCAUCUCCCUCCUUUUCUCAGCAACAGCAGCAGUGUGGGCCUUCUGCCUCUCAGACAAGCCAGGCUUCUGUUCAAAGCUCUCACAUGAGCCUCAAUCCACACCUGACCUCUGCCUCUCAACAAUUGGCCCAGCAGAUGAUCCCUUACCAGUGUGAACAGUGUAAGGUUGGCUUCCCCUCCUUUGAACACUGGCAGGAACACCAGCAGUUACACUUCCUCUCUGUGCAGAAUCAGUUCAUUCACCCUCAAUUCCUGGACCGCCCAAUGGACAUGCCUUUCAUGCUCUUUGAUCCCAGCAACCCACUACUGGCCAGUCAGUUACUAUCCGGGGCAAUGCCACAGAUUCCAAGCAGCUCAGCCACCUCUCCAUCCACCCCUACCUCCACCAUGAAUUCCCUGAAGAGGAAGCUGGAGGAGAAAGCUGGCACAAGUCCAGGAGAGAAUGACAGCACCAACAGUGGAGAAGAGCCACAGAGAGAUAAGCGCCUAAGAACCACCAUCACACCAGAGCAGCUGGAGAUUCUAUAUCAGAAGUACCUACUAGAUUCAAAUCCCACACGUAAAAUGCUUGACCACAUAGCUCAUGAGGUGGGACUUAAAAAGAGGGUAGUUCAAGUCUGGUUCCAAAACACCAGAGCAAGGGAAAGGAAAGGUCAGUUUAGGGCAGUAGGACCAGCGCAAGCCCAUCGUAGGUGCCCCUUUUGUCGGGCUCUUUUUAAAGCAAAGACUGCCCUUGAAGCACACAUUCGUUCACGCCACUGGCAUGAGGCCAAGCGUGCUGGCUACAAUUUGACUCUCACUGGUAUGUUACCUGAGCAGGAGGGAUUACAAAUGAAAAUGGAUCCUCUAGAUAUCUCAAGCUACUCACAGCUUGUCUCCACUAACAAUGAUGGACAAAGCUCCUCCCUGUCGCCAGUGAGCAAAAACAUGGAUAUGUCUCCCAGGGCCCUCCUGAGCCCUUCGUCCAUUAAAGUCGAGGGAAUGGAAGAUUUUGAGAGCCCAACCAUGUCAUCCGUAAACCUUAGCUUUGACCAGAGCAAACUUGACAAUGAUGACUGUUCCUCAGUGAAUACAGCCAUCACAGACACAACCACCGGUGAUGAGGCCAAUGCCGAAAAUGACAGCGCUGAUGUGAAGCAUGGCCAAAACAGCAGUGACUACCUGUCUAAGUCUGGGAGUAUAGCUCCCACACUGGAAAAUGACGACCAGAUGUCUUCAGGGCUAGUAAGCCCUGCAACAAGCUAUUAUGCUAAGGACUAUGAAAAUGAAAACCUGAUAGAUUACAGUGAGACCUCCAGCCUAGCUGACCCCUGCUCUCCAAGCCCUGGAGCAUCAGGCAGUAGGAGCAUCGAUAGUGGAGACCGCCCUGGCCAAAAGCGCUUCCGCACUCAGAUGACAAACCUCCAGCUGAAAUUGCUGAAGUCCUGUUUUAACGACUACAGGACUCCCACAAUGCUGGAAUGUGAGGUACUGGGCAAUGAAAUUGGACUUCCAAAGAGGGUGGUUCAGGUGUGGUUUCAGAAUGCCCGUGCCAAGGAGAAGAAGGCCAAGCUCAGCAUGGCCAAGCACUUUGGAAUAAAUCAGACGUCCUAUGAGGGGCCCAAGACUGAAUGCACAUUGUGUGGUGUUAAGUACAGCGCCCGUCUCUCUGUCCGUGAUCACAUUUUCUCCCAGCAGCACAUCUCCAAGGUGAAGGAUACUAUUGGGAGCCAGCUAGAUAAAGAGAAAGAAUAUUUUGACCCAGCAACUGUUCGUCAACUCAUGGCCCAACAAGAGAUGGACCGCAUCAAGAAGGCCAACGAAGUCUUGGGACUGGCGCAGCAGCAAGCCAUGCAGCAGCAGGGGAUGUUUGAUAACCCCGCAAUGCAGGCUCUGAACCUCCAGUCAGCCUAUUCAAAUCUGCAAGGGAUUCCCCCUGUCCUUUUGCCAGGGGUUGGUAGCCCCUCUCUUUCAAGCUUUAACACAUCAAGUUCAGCUUUAACUCCUCCAAAACCUCCAAACCUCCUGAACAUGCCUGGUGCCAGUGUCCCCUCACCAAGUCUCCCCACAUCCGGAUUAACCAACAAGCCUAACUCGUCAUCCUCCUUGGCCUCAUCCAGCCCGGCCCAGACCAGCACAUCGGUUUCCAACUCAAGCCCCACUUCCACCUCCAUAUCCACUUCCCCAACUUCCCAGACAGGCUCCCGACCCGAACCCCCCAAAGAGCGCAAUGCGGAGAGGGUAAGAGAAAAGGAGAAACAUAAGGAAAAAGCAGAGAAGCCCUCGACCCCAUCUUCAACGGGAAGCACCCUUGCCCCUUCCACCUCUGCUGCCAGUGCCAAGAAGGAGAAACCGGACACAGCUGUACCUGCCACCUCAAUGCCCACACCCGGCAUGGAGUAUGUGGUAGACCCCGCCCAGCUUCAGGCUCUGCAGGCUGCUUUGGCGUCAGAUCCCACUGCUCUCCUCACAAGUCAGUUCCUACCCUACUUCAUGCCGGGCUUUUCCCCCUAUUAUGCCCCUCAGAUACCCGGGGCUCUCCAAGGAGGUUACCUACAGCCCAUGUACGGUAUGGAAAGUCUUUUCCCUUACAACCCAACGCUGUCACAAGCACUGAUGGGCCUGUCGCCAGGGUCCCUGUUGCAGCAUUACCAGCAAUAUCAGCAGAGCUUGCAGGAGGCACUACAGCAGCAGCAGCGGCAGCUUCAGCAGAUCCAGCAACCCAAAGCAAGCCAAACCCCUGUUCCCCCUCAACCCUCGGGGGAUCGCAAAGAAUCUGCCAAAGAUCCAGUGAAAAUAGAGGAGCAAAAAGGCAAGCCCCACACUGAGAACUCUUCCUCAUCCUCCUCCUCCUCUCACAUUAAUGAGAUGGACGGCAAAGUGGCGGACCCCCUCCUAGACCAGUACAUAGUCCCCAAGGUGCCCUAUAAGUUGGCAUGCCGCAAGUGUCAGGCAGUUUUCACCAAGGAAGAAGCGGCCAUUACCCACCUUAAAUCUAUCUGUUUUUUCGGUCAGUCUGUGGCAAACCUGCAAGAGAUGUUGCUGCGUGUCCCCAGUGGCGUAGGUGCCGGGGCCGGAAGUCUCUAUGACUGCCUGGCUUGUGACACCACGUUGGAUGGGGACAAAGCACUCGGUCAACACCUGGAGUCGGCGUUGCACAAACACAGAACAAUCAAGCGAUCAGCCAGAAAUGCCAAAGAGCACGCUCCUAGUUUAUUACCUCACUCUUCAGCCUGCUUCCCCAAUCCUAACACCGCAUCUACCUCGCAGUCUGCCACACAUCCCAUCAGCAGCCCCCCGACCCUGCCGACAUCAUCAGCUGCCAUGCCAUCCUCCGCUGCCUCCUCUUCCCUGUGCUCAUCUUCUGCCACCCCGCUCAACACCACAGCUGCCGGCAAACCCUGGCCCCAGGCCCCUUUCUCCAGAGCUUUACCUGGGAAGCCCAACGCCACUCCCUCCUCGACGUCCUCCUCGUUUCCUCCAGUGUCCUCACCUUCAACGGUUACCUCAAGUUCAUUGAGCACCUCAGGAGUUCAGACCUCGAUACCAACAGACGUCUUUACCGACGAGUCUGACUCUGACAGCAGUCAGAAGUCAGCAGACAGGCUGGGCAGGACGGCGGAGGAGCCGCAGCAGCCUGGCUGUAUCAAAGACAGUAGUAGUUGUAGUAGUAACCUUGCUAGUGUAGGAACAGACUCCAUCAGAUUGUAAAAGAGCUUUCAGUGAUGGACAAUAUUUAAAAAACCGCAAAAGACAAAAAAAAAUACAAAUGGGAAAAAAAAAUACAAAAAGCAGCGAUGUUAAAAAUACAUUUAAAGUAUACAAACCAAUUUCAGAAAAAGAUGUGUAAAGACUAACUGCAAUUCCAAAGCUUGUAACCAAAAAUUUAAAUGUUAGUGGAUUGUUUUCCCAUAUCAACAUGCUGGUUUUCAUUUUUCCUUUUUUUGUUUGUUUGUUUGUUUUUCGUCUCCAACUGAAAUACAUGCAUAUUAAUAUAUGAGAAAAGAUCACUGCAGUCACGUUUUGGGAGGUGAUGGAAGAACGCUAUGCUCUUGUGGCAGUGGACUGCCUCCAAGUUGAAAAAUGGCCCAAGAACCUUUUUGACAAAACACAAGUCAACGAGCGGUCCCUUCGUUUUGUAAUGAUUUCUACUAAAUAGCACAGUCACAAAAAGCCAGUAUGUACUGUAUGGGAGAAUAGUCUGUCGGUCGUCUUGCUAUUUAAGCAUUCAGAUAGAUACCAAUGGCUUGCAAAAGUAAAAUAAUAAUGUAAUGUCUAUUUUAUUCUCAGGUCAACAGCUCACAGAUGUUUUUCUGUUACAGAAAUCCAUGUUUUACACUUUUUUGUUCCUGACAGGAAAUGAACAUUGUUUUUUUUUGUUUUGUUUUUUUGAAAAAUUGAUUUAUGAACAGAAAGUUUUAAAAUGAACAAAAAUUAUAAUUAAGGCAUAGUUUCCGGGCAUUCAAAGAAGUGUCUUUAAUUUGCCGAUUUUAACAUUUGGAGUCCUUCUAAAGGAGAAAUUGGUGAUUCCGUUUGACCCAGGCCAGGAGAGCGUUGCAGUCAUGACGAUGGGCGGUGGAACGGCUUUUGGUGGAGAAACCUUUCUGUAUGUAUUUAUGAUAGAUAUGAACAUUUUUGGUGUUAAGUAGCUCGUUGCAUUGGAACUGAAUUUAAACAGUAUGGUAGGUUGAAAUAACUUUG